GUCUUGACCUCGCCUUCGGAUCAGACUGAGAUUGUGAACAAGCAUAAUACUCUCAGAAGAAAUGUCAAGCCAACCGCGAGCAACAUGCUGAAAAUGAGUUGGAAUCGCGAGGCUGCAGCCAAUGCUCAAAGGUGGGCCAACACCUGCUCCAUGAAACACAGCUCCCCCGACCAAAGGAAGAUCAGUACAAGCGGCUGUGGAGAGAACUUGUACAUGGCAAGCUACAAAAACAGCUGGAGUGGCGCCAUCCAGUCUUGGUACGACGAGGUGAAGGACUGGCGCUACGGAGUGGGGUCCGUCAACGGAAGAGUUGUUGGACAUUUCACACAGAUUGUUUGGUACAGCUCCAACCAGCUUGGCUGCGCUAUGGCCUACUGUCCCAACUCUCGUUACAAGUACUUCUAUGUCUGCCACUACUGCCCACCUGGAAACUACCAGUUAACCCGCCCCUACAAAUCGGGACCGACCUGUGGUGACUGCCCCAAUGCCUGUGAAAACAAACUGUGCACCAACCCGUGUCCCUACACUGACCAGUACAGCAACUGUCCUGAGCUGAAGCAGCAGUGGGGGUGCAAUCACCCUAAUGUAGGUUCUUGGUGUCCCGCCUCCUGCAAGUGCGGCUCUCAGAUUUCCUAAAUGACUCAAACUGAAAAAUAUACAAUGAAUAAAUGAACAUCAUACAACUUGCA